AUGGAGAUUAUCAAAUCAAAUAAAGGUGGUAACAAAGGUUUUUACAAAGGUUAUGUAUAUGUUGUAAAGUAUAUUGGCGUAUCAAAAAUAACCUGGAGGUGUUCUCAGAGGUGUUCAAUGAAAUGUACUGGAGAAUUAUACACCGAUCUCAAAAUGGAGAACCCAGAAGUAAAAACAGGACAUAGUCAUUUGAAAGAUGAUGACAGUGUUAAGAUAGAAAAAGCUUUGUGUGCGAUGAAGGAACGAUCGAAAGCUGGUUUAUCUAAACCACUUGAAGUUUAUGCGGCAGAAAUUUCUAAGUUGGAUGGUAACACUAGAGCGAAGAUGCCAGUGGAAGACCAUGUUAAAAGAACAUUAAGAAAUCAACGUUCUGCAUUAAAUCCAGUUGAGCCAACUAGCCUUGAUAAUUUGGUCAUUGAUGAUGAGUGGUGCACAACAGGUCAUCCUGAGUAUGAAAAUUUUUUAAUUUUUGACAAUGGUAUUAAUUCCGAAGAAAGGAUUCUAAUUUUCGGGACUGUAGAAGGUAUGAAUAAUUUAUCAAAAUCCAAUACUUGGUAUUUAGAUGGUAAUUUUUCACUAGCACCAAAAUUAUUUUUACAAUUGUAUGUCAUAAGAGUAGAGGUAGAUGGUAUUUUUAUAACUGCAAUUUAUUGUCUAUUACAAAGGAAAACAUCUGAAACAUAUAAAACAGUAUUUAGAACAUUGGUUGAAAAGUGUGCAGAGCAGAAUCUGUACCUGGAUCCAAAAUAUGUGCAUCUUGAUUUUGAAAAGGCUGUAAUUAAAGCUGUGCAUAAAAUCUUUAACAAAGAAGUUAUUAUACGUGGGUGCUUCUAUCAUCUGUCACAAUCAACUCACAGAAAAAUUCAAGCUUUAGGUCUAGAAAAAUUAUACCAUGAAGACCCUAACUUCACAAAAUUCUGCGGAAUGUUAGAUGGUUUAGCAUUCUUACCUCUAACAGAUGUUGAACAAGGAAUGUCAUAUUUGCGAUCUAUUAUGCCUGAUACUGCCUUAGAUUUAGUUGAAUAUUUUGAUUCUACAUAUGUAAAUGGCACUUUCAAGCGAACAAAUUGUCCGAUCAACAAAAUAAAAUUUAAAAAAGUUCAACCAAGGUUUCCUCCAAGUGUCUGGAAUGUCCAUGAGGCAACGUUGAAUGAUCAACAUAGAACGAACAAUACAACCGAGGGUUGGAAUCAUAGGUUCUCAAAUCUAGUAGGUCAUAACCAUCCAUCCAUUUGGACUCUGUUAAAAAAAAUGAGAUUAGAAGUUGCUGUAGAUGAUACCAAAAUAAGGCAGUACAAUUUAGGAACUAUUCAACCAGUGAAAAAAAGGAAACUUACAGUAAAAAAUCAAAAUACAUUAAAGCGACUAUGCGUAGAUUACAAUGAAGGAAAAAGAUCAAUUGAAAACUUCUUAGACGCUAUUUCAUACAACACACGAAUUAAAUUGGAUUAA